GUUUGGUAACAUUAGCAUUUGCUGGAUCAAUUGGCAUGACUUUAGUCAUAUUGGCCUGCGCAUUACCCCAAUAUAAAAAAUUAUGGUGGCCUUUUUUCGUAGUUCUUUUUUACAUAUUAGCCCCCAUUCCAACCCUAAUCGCGCGAAGAUAUUCCGAGAAUUCAGGAGGUUCCAGCAACUCGUGUCUUGAAUCAGCAAUUUUUAUUACGAUGGGUUUUUUGGUUAGCGCCUUUGCACUGCCCAUAGUGUUGGCAAGGGCGUCCGUAAUAGCAGCUGGGGCCUGCUAUUUAACCCUGGCAGGAAACGUGGUUGUUUUCGCAACUUUAUUGGGAUUUUUCCUUACAUUCGAUCAAGAUGACUCUGACUAUAAUAUGUGGUAA